AUGGCGGUUUCUUCGGCCGCUGCUGCUGGGCCCGCCGCCGGUCAGAUAACCUUCCGCGCAAGCCCAGCUCAGCCCGCCCAGGCGACCUCUGCACCGCGAGGCGGCAAGAUGGCCACUCAGCCAUCAAGUACCGCCAACAAUGCGCCCCAUGGCUCCUCCAACGCCCAAGCCAACGGCACCAGCAGCUUCCCGCUCAGCGCGCGCAAGGCCCAGCCCUUGAGUAUGAAAUCGGUCGAGCGACGCGGUACCCCGACGGCUGCGCGUGAAGUCUCGCGCUCGACCAGGCUUUUUGGACUCGAGGAAGCGCCGACGUAUACCCCCACUGCAGAAGAAUUCAGGGACCCUUUUGAGUACAUGCGCAAGAUCGCGCCGGAGGGGCAGAAGUAUGGCAUAGUAAAGAUCAUCCCGCCGGACACGUGGAAUCCCGAUUUCGCCAUCGAUACUGAGAGGUUCCACUUCCGCACGCGCAAGCAGGCGCUCAACUCCGUCGAAGGAGGCACGCGAGCAAAUCUGAAUUACCUCGAUCAACUUGCCAAAUUCCACAGGUCACGGGGCAACAAUCUCAAUCGCUUCCCCAGCGUCGAUAAGCGCCCGUUGGACUUGUACAAGCUCAAGAAGGCCGUUGAAACCCGUGGCGGAUUCGAUCGUGUUUGCAGAGGCAAGAAAUGGGCGGAAAUCGGCAGAGACCUGGGUUACAGUGGCAAGAUUAUGUCUUCGCUGUCGACAUCGCUGAAGAACUCCUACCAGAAGUGGCUCCAUCCGUAUGAGGAGUACCUACGGAUUGCAAAGCCUGGAGUCCAUCAGAUGCUUGAGUUUGAGAACGGCGGCCCUUUCACUCCGUCGCCAGCGCCGUCGCCACUGAAGAAGUCUGUCCACCAGCAGACCCCUCCCGGCAGCUUCCGCUCCGAUUCGCCAGCAGCUCGUGCAUCUGCUGCCCUGAACGCUUCUAUCCAUGAGAGCUCUGUCCCGCCACUCCCACCCGCGCAAGAACUUCCCCAGCCAGUCAAGGUCUCCUCAGGGUUUACCGCCGUGAAUUCAGGUGGCUUCACAGCUGUGAACGCCCCCCAACAACCCGCCCCCACCUCUGCUGGAUUCUCGGCCGUUAACAGCUCAUCGGCUGCCCAACACUCCGCACAUUCGACUCCUCAGAGGUUAGGCGAAAGUCCGCUGAAUCUUUCUGCAAACAACACGCCAGAGAUCCGACCACAUGGCUUUUCAACGCCCGUGUCAAAUGGUCAUCUUAGCCAGUUGAAAAGAGGCCCAUCCGAGGACUCUGAAAUGCAUACCAAUGGAGAAACCGACGCUUCUGGGAGGCGGAGCAAACGCCUUAAGAAAGACUCCGCCCCGACCGUCGCAGGUUCUCACAUGACUCAACCGCGUGUGUCAGCACCCCGCAUCGGCAUGCCCAGAGAUCGUUCGAAGGACAAGCCCGGAGACUACUGCGAGACUUGUCGGAAGUCCUCUGACCCGACUGCGAUCCUGCUAUGUGACAGCUGCGAUGCGGGAUAUCACCGCUACUGCUUGGAGCCGCCAUUGAAAUCCACUCCUGACUAUGAUUGGCACUGCCCCAGAUGUCUCGUUGGUGAUGGCGAGUUCGGUUUCGACGAAGGUGGUGUCUACUCGCUAAAACAGUUCCAGCAGAAGGAUCAAGAGUUCAGAGCAGAGCAUUUCCGGGACAAGCAGCAGUUUGACCCUGUACUCAACGCGAAGAGGCCUCCCACUGAGGACGAUGUUGAAAGGGAGUUCUGGAAAUUGGUCGAAAACGUCACCGACAAGGUUCCAGAAGUUGAAUAUGGUGCUGACGUCCACGUUACAACACACGGGAGUGGGUUCCCAACUCUCGAGAAGGAACCACGUAAUCCUUAUUCCACGGACCCGUGGAACUUGAACAUCCUACCUUUGCACCCGGAGUCUCUUUUCCGCCACAUCAAAUCCGACAUUUCUGGAAUGACCGUUCCUUGGUUAUACGUUGGCAUGUGUUUCUCUACUUUCUGUUGGCACAACGAGGACCACUACAGCUACUCGGCCAAUUACCAGCAUUUCGGCGCUACAAAGACGUGGUAUGGCGUACCAGGCGAAGACGCGGAGAAGUUCGAGAACGCAAUGCGUGAAGCUGUCCCGGAGCUGUUCGAGACGCAGCCUGACUUGCUCUUCCAGCUCGUCACCCUUUUGACCCCUGAGCACCUGAAGAAGGCGGGCGUGCGAGUCUAUGCGAUCGAUCAGCGAGCCGGCCAAUUCGUCAUUACUUUCCCUCAAGCCUAUCAUGCAGGCUUUAACCAUGGAUUCAAUUUCAACGAGGCCGUCAACUUUGCGCCAGCCGACUGGGAGCCUAAGGGUGAAGAUGGCGUUCAGCGUCUCCAGGACUUUAGGCGCCAGCCCUGUUUUUCUCACGAUGAGCUCCUGCUCACCGCUGCAGGUAGCAAGGAUGUGUCCAUCAAAACUGCAAAAUGGUUAGGCCCCGCAUUGCAGCGCAUGUAUGAAAAAGAAUCAUCUGUUCGAGAAGCGUUCUUGUCACGACACAAACAAGUCAGCAUGAAGCCAUGCAAGGUUGAUGAGGGUGGAGCCAAGGGUCACUGUGAGAUUGGGUUUGAAAUUGAUGACCAAGACCUCCCGGAGGACGACUACCUCUGCAGCUACUGCAAGGCCUUCGCAUAUCUAUCAAGAUAUGUCUGCAAAAAGUCUCGAAAGGUCGUGUGCUUGAAGCACGCGGGUAUGUUCGAUUGCUGCGGCUCGACAGAGGACCACCGCUUUUCAGGGGCAAACGGUGACCAUACACUGGUUUAUCGCAUCACGAACGAAGACCUUCGCAAUGCCAUGGAAAAGGUACUCGAAAAGGGUACGCUUCCUGAUCUCUGGACUGCAGAGCUUGACAAGUAUCUCGCAGAAGAGCCGAGACCAGAGCUCAAGAAACUUCGCAGGCUGCUCAGUGAGGGUGAGAAGAUUCCUUGGGCACUGCCUGGUCUUCCUGAGCUCAAGCGGUACGUCGAUCGCUGCAACGAUUGGGUGGAACGGGCAACAGCCUUCACCACUCGCAAGCAACAACAUCGCCGCAAGAACGAACGACCCUCGCGAAAGUCGACCACCAAGCAGUUAAUGGAGCAGGAAGAGCGUGAGCGCGAAAUCCGCAAGGUCGAGACUCUCAAAAAACUCCUCGCCGAAGCGGAAGAUAUUUCCUUUGAAUGUCAAGAAAUCGGUAUUCUGCAAGAACUUAUGGACAACAUUAAGCACUUCCAGAAGCGUGCGCGCACCAUCCUUGCUGACAGAAACAUGCGCUCGAAUCCGACGCAAGAGUUGGAUGAACUGCUCGAACUUGGCCGCAGUUUCAAUCUUGAUAUUCCCGAGGUUGAAGAACUGGAUAAGUGGCUACAGCAGCUCAAGUGGUAUGACGAGGUUCGCACUUAUCGAGAAAGCGUCCACUCCCUUCAGAGCAUUACGGAUUUCAUCAAGCGCGGCCAGGAAAUGGGCAUUGCCGAGGGCGAAAUGCACAUGCUCUGGUUGAAGGAAGAGAAGUCCAAAGGAGAGGUGUGGGAGAAGACGGCCAAAGAAGUCAUGGCAUCCGAGAUGGUCAAUUAUCAACAGCUUGACGCGCUGUCGCAGCAGGCUAAGCAUCUCCCUGUCUCCUUGGAGACUUUGGCGAAGGUCGAGGCGAUCUUGAAGAAGCAACGCGAUGCUCAGGAAGAGAUUAAAGCGUUGUACGAUCAAAGCAAGGAUCCAAAUUUCAGGAACCGUCCAUGGUACCGGGACGUCCGUGAGGCUAUGGAGGCCCUCAACGAGCUCAACAGUAAACCUCCCGGCACCAUCGAUCUCGAACGAGAGCAAAAGAGGCACGAAGAUUGGAUGCGCCGCGGCAAGAAGCUCUUCGGCAAGGCCAAUGCGCCGUUGCACAUUUUGCAGCAACACAUGGACCUUGUGAACGCUCGCAACGAAGCAUGCUUUGAUCUCAGAGAUCAACCACGCAUGCCCGUUGAGCCUGCUUCAAGAGAACACACUCCUGUCUCUGGUGACGAGAACGGUGCCGGUUCAACUCGCGAUGUCUUCUGCAUCUGCCGCAAACCCGAGGCGGGCAUGAUGAUUGAGUGCGAGCUCUGCCACGAGUGGUAUCAUGGCAAGUGCCUCAAGAUUGCUCGUGGAAAGGUCAAGGAAGAUGACAAGUACACUUGCCCCAUAUGCGACUAUCGCGUCAAGAUCCCGCGCGAUGCGACGCGCCCGAAGUUGGAAGAUCUCAUAGCCUGGUACGACGAGAUCCCCAACCUUCCCUUCCAGCCCGAGGAGGAAAAGUGCCUCCUGAGCAUCAUCGACAAGGCUGAGGAUUUCCGUCUGUUCAUUGCCAACCACAUCAACCCGAUGGUAUCAAGCCCAGACGAGCUCGUUUCUCAACGCUUUUAUCUCCGUAAGUUGGAGGGCGCCGACAUCCUGUUGGCACAUGAAACGAACUUCUUCCGCCAAGAGCUUCACAAGUGGGCUCCAGUUGCUCCUGAGCCACCUCCAAAGGUAGAAGUGUCGCUCUCGACUCGCAAGCCACGGCCUACCAAACAGCAGAAGAUGAUGCAACAGCUCGGGAUUGACAACCCAGAUGAUCUUCCGCAGCAUCUGCGUACGAAGCAGCAUCAUUUCAAGAGCAAAGACAAAGACAAGCGCAACAGCAUCAGUAAAGGUUCUUCGUCUCAGCAAGAAUCGCAUACGCCGCCAGGCCUCCCUCAUGGCUUCAGUGAGACGCCCAACGGGAUUGCUGGACCAAGUGGCAGUGCAACAAGCAGCCAGCAGCAGCCGACCUUCUCCUACCCGACGCAUCCCAUGACGUCGACUUACGGCGGCACAACAUCUCCGCAUCUCACAACGGCGUCGGGAACGAUAGAUCCUUCAAUGUCAGCGUUCGCGCCUCAUGCUCGGGGCGCGGUUUCUCCGCCCUUCCAGCCGGCGUCCCCAACGACGCCGUCCAACAUGGAUUCAGGAAUGUUCAGCAGCAAUGUACCAUUUGGUGCAGACCCUGGUGCUGCCAGUCCUGCGCGCAGCAACCUGUUCCAGCACAGCAUGAACAGCAGCCAAGGGGCUGGCGAUGGUGGCGAAGGCAUGCGGGACCUCUUCGCCGACUUCACGACGAACGAUGCGGACAUAGGACCACCGCCCACAAGUCAUGCAGAAGACGCGUUGAACCUGACUGUCAAGGAUGGAGAUGAGAAGGAGGAGAAAGAAGACACGAGCGAAUUCCUUCAUGACUAG